AUGGAUUAUUUACCGUUUAUUGAUUAUAAGAUACCAAGCGAUGAGUAUAAGAACGAAGCUGAAAGGCUCAUACGGGAAGCAAUGCAGAAACAAGAUAUAACACAUUUGCAUCCUUAUGCUCAGAAAUCUGUCAAAAUGGGUAAGAUAGCAAAUCAUGUAAUACCUGACUCUAUAUUUCAAGAAUAUAUACAGAAACAUACUGCAGGAGAUAAACCAAAAGGACAAAAACGUUCUCUUGAGAGUAUCUAUCUUAAUGAUGAAAAUUUUUUACAAGAAUUUAAUUCAAAACAUCCUCAUGUUGACCCUUCUAGAUACUCUUUAGAAGAUAUUUCUACCGAAGACAAUGAAACAUCUAUAAAAAAUAAAUUAGCUGUCAUAGAUUCGUACCUUGCACAUCAGAUUAUUACAUUAAGAGAUUUAAUACCGCAAACAUCAGUAAAUCAAUGGGCCAUUAAUAACGAUUUUAUGAGAACAAGUACACAGAUCAUCGAUAAUCUUGUCUCACAACAAAAGAAACAAUUGGAGGAUUUAGAUAAAUAUAGAGAAAAAGCCCAAAUAAACCAAGUUGCAUCAUAUGACAAAUUAAAUUAUGACAUUAAUGAAAGGAUAUUAGAUAUAAUAGAGGAUCAAUUUCCUAAAUAG